ACGCCACAGAAUCGAGAAUCGCUUGGCAAAAGAGCUACUUGAAGAAGAAUGGCUGCUAAUCGCAAAGCUGUGUCUCGUGUGGAAUCCGACAUUGAAAAAUAUAGGAGUGAAUGUAACUGGGAACGUAUUCGAGAAGUAGUGAACCAAAAUAGAGUCAAAAGUCCUCACCUGGAGGUUUUGCUACAUCUUGCCACUGGAGAAUGUGAGCUGGAGUUAUACUUGAUUCAGAAUCCACCCAAUCAUGAAACGGCAGCAAAAGCAAAGAAGGAGCUCUCAUCAGCCAGGUCUCAUCUCCUCCUUGCUGCCAAAGGCGCAAAGCACAUACUGUAUGCAGAGUCCCACCUCCUCCUGUCCAAGGUUCACCUAGCCAUGGGUGAAUACGAGGAAGCCAUCAAGAACCUGGAUAAAGCUAAACUUGAUGACAUGGCGAGUCAGGAGGCUCCCUGCACGAGGCUGAAGAUCAUGGCUGAGGCAUUUGCUGUCAGAGGGAUGUGCAUGGAGAAACUUGCGGAUAAACAGGGUGACAAGAAAAAGAGAGAAGAACAUGCGGAGGAGAUUAUUGCUAACUAUGAAAGGGCAGGCGACUUGGCUCUCUACUACUUGCAGGAAAUUGAGAAAGGUCAACAGACGAACACCACAUCUUCAAGCUCCAGCAGCCUAGGGUCAGGUAGUCACAUGGUAGGACCGGUCUUAGAGACAGCUGUGCAGAGAGCUCCACUUAUCUACAUACAACAAGGUAAAAUGGACCAGGGUAUCAAUCGCUUCCGUCACAUUCUCAAAGCCGUGGAGACCCGGACCUCCCAGAACAUCCGCACCACGCUUGCAAGGGAGCUGGCAGAGGUGCUCCUGAGGGGCGUGUGCGAGCAUCGCUACACACCACCCUCUGUUGAUGGCCGAGAGGAGAGGACAGGCAGCUUGAGUCGGUCGUCUGUGAGCGGUGGCUCAGCUUCGUCCCUGAGGCCGGCUAGUUCCAGAGGUUCACUCAAACCAAAGCUCUACACGAUGGAAAGUCGUCCAAGCCACUGUUCUAAUGACUAUUUAUUUGUACCAAAGAGUGUCGGCGAAGAAGCCCUCCUUCUGCUGUUAAUCAGUGAACUACAAGUAAAUCGAGAUGUCGUCUUGAGUCGUUCCAAGGAGUAUAGUCAGAGCAGACAGCACACGUUCUUCAACGCCACGGCUGUGUAUGACCUUCUUACCAUUGCGCUGACUAGGAGGGCGCAAUAUCAAAUGCUGUCGGAGACCCUUGACAGAACCAUGAGGUUUUCAUUUGAAGAGUUCCAUCUGUGGAUGCAGUUUGCUCUGUCUCUCAUCAGCAGUGGAAAGUUUGACAGAGCCCUCCAGGUUCUGCGAGGUUGCAGCAACGUGCAGCCGGACAAUGUCACAGUGUUGCUACUUGCUGCCAAAGUGUGUCUACAGCAUCUCCAGCAGCUGGAGGAAGGAUUGGAGUUUGCUAGCAAGGCAGUAGAAGUGGGCAAGCAACCACUGGCCCCAAGGUGUCACAUGAUGAAGGGGCUAGCAUACGGCAUGAUGGCACUAGAAGCCACCAGACAAGACAAGCGAUGUGAGCUACAGCGUAAAUCACUGAGCUGUUUCAAACAAGCCACCUCAUUGGACCCUGAUGAUCACAUGGCUCAAUUCCAGAUGGCCAUGCAGUUAGCACUCUCCAGACAGAUACCAGAAGCAUUGCAGAGGGUUCGCCUGGCCCUGCAGCUGUGUGCCGAUGACCUUCAAUCACUGCAUCUCCUGGCCCUUCUGUUGUCUGCUCAGAAACAAUACACAGAGGCCCUCUCAGUCCUGGAGGCAGCAGUGCUCCAGUAUCCAGACGACUUCAACCUCCAGUUCACCAAAGCCAAGUUAGAGGAGGUCCAUCUAGGGCCAGAGGAAGCCUUGGUCACAUGUAAACAGAUGCUGGAACACUGGAGGGUCGGCUAUGAAGCAGUCCAGCACAGCAGUUCAAGUCGAGGUACAGGCCUAAUUGAACGAGUCACGUCGGACAGGAGGAGCCUGGUUCAGAUGCACCUAGCCGAGUACAGUGAUAGAGAUUCAGAUGCUAGAAGUGAAAGAGGCAAAAGUUCUAUUCACAACUCUCUGGCUGCCUCCAGGGUGGAGCAUGCUCUAUCCGAAGUCGCUUCCUCUUCCGGUAGUUUCAUCCCUAAGACCGGAUCUCAACAGCUCUGGAUGAUCCAGGCUCACAUCUGGCUCGCCAUCGCUGAGCUGUACUUGAGUCUUGAAAGACCAGAGGAGGCCAAGGCUUGUGUGCAGGAAGCAUCGUCCAUCUUUCCUCUCUCGCAUCAGGUUAUGCAUACGAGAGGAUGCAUUCAUGAGCACAACGGAGAGUGGGACGAUGCCAAGCAGGGCUACGAUAGCGCCCUGGCCAUCAACCCCUCUCACAUCACCAGUCUACAAAACCUGGGGUGUGUUUACACUCAGCAAGGCAACCUACUUAUGGCAGAGAGGAUAUUAAGAGAAGCCGUCAACAUGGACCCCACAUCGCACCAGGCUUGGAUUUCACUGGGUAAUGUUCUUCAGGCUUCAGGUCAGUGUGAAGCGGCGGGAGAGUGUAUGUUGACCGGUCUACAGCUCGAGUCAACAAACCCCAUCUUACCAUUCUCUACCAUUCCAAGAUCUCUCUAGAAUCUGUUUCAUUUCUAUUCUAUGUUAUUGACUUCAAGACCAUGGGU